CAACUUCUGAGUUACGUGGCUUCAUUGGGUACGUUUUGUUGUUUGAGAAGAGGAAUUGAAUAGUUGAAACUGUUUGUAUGAAACAUAGAAAGAAAAAGGUUAAAAAUGACAGAGGAAACACCAAGAUAUGCUGUAGUUACUGGAGCAAACAGGGGACUCGGCUACGAGAUCUGCAGACAAUUAACAAGCAACGGGAUUAGGGUUGUUUUGACCUCUAGAGAUGAGAAAAGAGGACUUGAUGCGGUUGAGACACUGAGGCAAGAGACUGGAGUUUCUGAUGAAAGCCUUGUUUUUCAUCAGCUUGAUGUCACUGAUCCUGCUAGUAUCAAAUCUCUUGCCCAGUUUGUCAAAAACAAAUUUGGAAAACUCGAUAUCUUGAUCAAUAAUGCAGGGGUGAGUGGUGUAAUCAUUGAUAUUGAUGCUAUGAGAGCUGGAAAAGAGAAAGUAGAUUUCAAUUGGGAGGAAAAUAUUCCAGAGAAUGACUAUAACCUAGCUAAAGAAUGCUUGAAUAUAAAUUACUAUGGACAAAAGAGAAUGUGUGAGGCAUUUAUUCCCCUUUUGGAGUUAUCUGAUUCUCCUAGAAUCAUCAAUGUAUCAUCCUUCAUGGGUCAACUAAAGAAUCUACUAAACGAAUGGGCCAAAGGGAUUCUGAGCAACGCAGAGAAUCUAACAGAGGAAAGAAUCGAGGAAGUGAUUGAUAAACUUCUCAACGAGUUCAAAGAUGGCGUGGUUAAGAUAAAAGACUGGAGCAAAGUUAUGGCGGCUUACGUGGUUUCCAAGGCAGGUUUAAACGGUUACACGAGGAUACUAGCCAAGAAACAUCCCAAGAUUCGCGUGAACUCGGUUUGUCCUGGAGUUGUUAGGACGGAUAUGACUUUCAAUAUUGGAGAUUUUUCUGUGGAAGAAGGAGCAUCAUGUCCCGUGAGGUUGGCUUUGCUUCCAUAUCAAGAAACCCCUUCUGGUUGUUUCUUUAACCGCAAGCAACUUUCAGAGUUCUGAAUUUCUUGUGUGAUAAGUUAUAUAUAAAGUCCAAAAAAUUAAUGUGAUGGGAGAUUAUGAUCAGAUUUUUUUUCUACAUGUUAUAAUAAAUACUUUACAAAUAUAGAAUUAUAUGAUUAUACAUUUUCACAAAGAAAG